AUGGCAUCCGGUGGGAGGGCGGCCACCAUGCGCGCUGUCCAGUACAGCGGCUAUGGUGGUGGAAGUGCGGCGCUCAAGUACGUGCAAGUUCCUAUUCCUUCACUGAAGAAAGAUGAAGUACUUGUCAAAGUUAAAGCAGCAAGCAUAAACCAAGGUGAUAUGUGGAUUCAGAAAGGGUUCUUCCGCCCGUUUCUCCCCAAAUUUCCGUUUAUUCCAGGAACUGACGUCGCUGGGGAGAUUGUCGAGGUUGGUUCUGCAGUGCGUGAGUUCAAGCCUGGCGACAAUGUUGUGUCCAAACUUAACUUCUGGAAAGCCGGCGGCCUUGCUGAAUACGUAGCAGUGUCCGAGGGAAAUACGGUGGCUUGCCCCGCCGGAGUAUCUGCCGCUGACGCUGCAGGCUUGCCCAUGGCUGGCCUCACUGCUCUCCAAGGCGUCAAGACCAUCGGCACCAAGUUCGACGGCAGAGACACCGGCGCCGACAUCCUGAUAACCGCGGCCUCCAGCGGCGUCGGCACGUUCGCCGUCCAGCUCGCCAAGCUCGGGAACCACCACGUCACGGCCACCUCCGGCGCUCGCAACCUGGAGCUCGUUAGAAGCCUCGGCGCCGACGAGGUCCUCGACUACAAGACCCCGGAAGGAGCGGCGCUGACGAACUCGUCGGGCAAGAAGUAUGACUACGUCAUCAACAUCGCCAAGGACAACAGGUGGCCCGUGUUGAAGACGACCCUGAGUAGCCAUGGCAGGGUCGUCGAUAUUGCUCCCAACCUGGGCAACAUCGUCGCGUCCUUUACGACGCUGUUCGCCAGGAGGAAGCUGUCGUUGCUGAAUCAGUCCCUGGGGAAGGAGGACCUGAGGUUCUUGCUGGAGCUAAUGGAGGAAGGCAAGCUCAGGACAGUGGUCGAUUCGCGUCAUCCAUUCGAGAAGGCGGCGGAGGCUUGGGAGAAGGUCUUUAGCUGCCACGCGAUUGGAAAGGUCAUCGUCGAUAUGUGA